UUUAAAAACAUACUGUCAUAUCAACAGAAAGAAGAACAGAGACGAUCUGAGGAGUUUAAUGUUUUACCUGCAUGUUAACUUGGUUGUGAAAGGCUCCACCUACCUGCUCUCUGUUCCACUCUCAAGUUGUAGCUGUCCAAAUUCCAAUGGCAAAGAAUGAUGCGGACUCACCUCCUCCUCCCUACAACUCUGUUGGUGUACACACGCAGCCAACCCUCAAGCCAUAUGAAGAGGUGGUGUAUGGCUCAAACCCAGGCCUGACAUUUCCAAACCAGCCCCGUUAUAUCCCCCAGUAUCCCCCACCCGUGGUUGCUCCCCCAGUCAUCACACCCAGCUUACCGCCUAAGAAGAAAAACGGCUGCAGCGAGAAUAAGUCGCGGAUUUACAAGGCAGCAGCGGCGGCUGUACUGGUGCUUGCCCUGCUGGGAGUUGCUAUUUGGCUUGGAGUUUAUUACGGUACCAGGAAAUUAUCAGACACAGGGUAUGGUGGUGGUGAUGAUGAUUACAAAAAUCAGCCUGAUGAUGAUAACAUUUUGACAAAGUAUGACACCUGCCCCAACAACACUUACCAGUGUGAUGGAAUAAAGAACUGCCAACUGGGCAUUGAUGAAACAAACUGUGUGGAGUUUGGUGAGAACAAUAGCCUGCAGGUCAAAACUGUUGAAGAUGGACGCUUCCUACCGGUGUGUGACAAUGGCUGGAACAAGGUCUAUUCUGACCUUGUCUGCUCUCAGCUUGGAUUCAGAAAGUCCUAUUCAAGCACAUCAAUUGUUGCCAAGGCGCCCACUGGUUUACAACUAAUCACCAGCAGACCACUUUCUCUUAUUCAAGGUCUCUUACGCGUCAGUUACUGUAAGAGCACUGUCUCCCUGCAGUGUGUGGAUUGUGGUAAACAACCAUCUCAAUCCCGGAUUAUUGGGGGCACCGUAGCUAAAUCAGGUCAAUGGCCAUGGCAGUUGUCUCUUCAAUUCAAAGGAUCCCACGUCUGUGGUGGCGUACUGAUCUCACCGGAUUUUGUCCUGUCUGCUGCUCAUUGCUUCCCCAGUGCAAUGGUCUCUGCUGAGAACUGGAAAGUUUAUGCUGGAAUUGUGUCUCUGGAUAAACUAACUCAGCCCUACCUGGUUCAGAAGAUCAUAAUAAAUGAGAACUACAACAGCAGGACCAAUGACCAAGACGUUGCUCUUCUCAAACUUAAAUCUCCAGUUAGUUUUAAUGAUAAUGUUCAGCCAGCCUGCCUUCCAGUUGUUGGCCAGCAGUUUCCACAGGGAACCAGAUGCUGGACUUCUGGUUUUGGCACUACUCAGGCAGGAUCAGUGGCCGUCUCCAAGGACCUGAUGGAAGUGAGUGUUGACAUCCUUGACACACAAGUAUGCAACACCCCAUCAGUGUACAGUGGGGCAGUGACCAAAAACAUGAUAUGUGCUGGGAAACUACAGGGAGGCAAAGAUUCCUGUCAGGGUGACAGUGGGGGACCUUUGGUGUGCCAGGGAGGCAGUCGUUGGUACCUGGUGGGGCUCACAAGUUGGGGAUCAGGUUGUGGUGAAAGAAACAAGCCUGGCGUAUACACCAGAGUCAGCAGUGCUCUCCCCUGGAUCUAUAGCAGAAUGCAGCAAGAGAAACCUUGAUGUCCCCUCAACUUCAAGUCUUGUUAAUGAAGUCUGCACUGAAAACUCAUCUUUGACUAAAUAAUUGCGAAAACAGAAGAACAUGUUGAUGAGAAGACACUCCAGACUGAAAAGAAACACAUAAGGUUGCAUCCUGGCAUAUGGGAGGCUUAGAAAGAUAAAAUACACAAAGAGGUCCCAGGUUCAGCCUUGCAUUUUUGAGUUUGGAUGUUUAACUCUUACAUUAACUGGUCUUUACAAAUGGCUCACCUUUCUCUAUUCAAUUUGUGUCAAUCACAGUCUUUCGUAUUGUGAUUGUUGAUCAAAGAUACACUUUAAAAAUAUGAAGGAAUAUAUAGAUAUUGUUAAUUGGUGUUUUCUUUUUAGGGUUAUAUCUAUUUAUUGUUUUCUGUUUACCAUAUGAAAAUGCAAUACUUUAUUUUCACUUUGUACUGAAAUCAGAGAACUAUUUUGAAUUCUGUGAACAUAAACAUCCAUUUUGUGGACCUUGUUCCACCGUAUUCCCUGUGCACACAUUGUCUGCUUGUUAAAAGAAGCAGGUGCAUCUCAAUAAAUUAGAUCAUCAUCAAAAAAGUUAAUAUAUAUCAGUAGUUCUUUAAAACAUUUUUUUUAGCUAAGAUUAUAUAGAUUCAUUACACACAAAGUGAUAAUAUUUGAGUGUUGGUUUCCUUAAGCUGCCAUGGUUGCAGUUUACUGUCAUAGUUAUAGGGUUGUUUGUUGAACUGAAGUGCAGACAGGAACUCUGAAUCAGUAUGGUGAGUUGAAGGAUUUACUGAUAACAAAAAUACAACAACUUACAGCAAGGGACAAGGAGAAGGUGGGACAGAGAAGCUGGCAGUACAACGAGGAAGAAAUGUGCAGAGUAACUGAGGCAACGAAAGAAUCCAGCAGACAACAAUGAGAAUUAGAGACCUCAUAUACUGAGGGAGGUGUGGAGAAUGACAUUAGAUGCAGACAUGUCAAUCAGGGGAUAUGUGGAGCAGCUCAAGCAGAAGGUAAGCAGGAAAACUGAAGAGGGGGAAUUACUUAAUUCUGAGAAGCUGAACUAAGACACAAGGGGACACUUACCUAGGGAGGAAUUCAAAUACUAACCUCAGGCAAAAACUUGAAUACACAAGGAACAGAACACAGGAAUAAACAAAAAUUAAAUACAAAGAAAUGAACUAAGGCAAGUAAUAACUGACACAAAUGAACGCAAAGAAAUAGAAUAUGGCAAUAAUUUCGAACACAAAUUAACAAGGAAACAGUGAAAAGACAAACACAAAUAGAAACCAAACACCCAUGGAUCAUGACAUUUAGACACAAGUAUGCGUAUCGUUUCUCAAUACGCAUACUUGUCUGUAGUUGUGAAGCCUCAACAGAUGCCCAAGUGAUGUUCCAAUCCUAUGUAUGCAUCAAAGCAAGUGUGCUCAAAGUACCCAGAUGAGUUCUUGUUCUGCCCAUUUUAUUGCGGAUGCACUGAUGCAUCCUUCUUAGGACUUCAGCCAGCAGGGUACCCACAAUGCAUUGCGCCACCAAAAGCAAUAAAUGGAUAAGGUGAAUGCCAAAAUUUAGUGUUUUUAUACCACUUUUAAUUUGUCACAAAAAGUAGAUUUAACAUGUUAAGUGAGAAAAUAGACCUUAACACUUUAUCUUUGCAAUCUGUUAAUCAAGUAUAAGCCUACUUUGAAUAUGCUCCAUUGUUUUCAGAGCAGCACAGCUCCCUUGCCAGGCUGUGGUGGCUGCAGCCUUAGCAAGCAGGUGUAAUGUGUUUUCCCCACUAACUGCAGCCGGAUCUCAGCAAGUCACUGUCAUUUUCCGCAACCUGUCAUCUGUUUGUAGCAGCUAAAAGUGAAUAUAUUUAUUUUGUGAAUAGCUGCAGGUACCAGAAUGCAAAAUAUUAUUUUCUCUGGAAAUUUUUGACAUUUUAAUUUAAUGUAGGCACUUUAUAAACUGUGUCGCUACCGUUUUUCCUUAAAAUACCAAUUAAUCUUAUUUGUCUUCCUAGCACUUUUUUUGCAUGUAAAUUCAUAGUAAGAAAAGUAUUUUGGGAUAGGACUACUUAAUGAUCAAAUAGAGCACGUUUACUUUUUGCGGUACAUAAAAUAUAUAUAUACACCCAAUAUUGGCUUUUCAUGUAAACCUAAUUUAGUGGAGUGUGAUCUCUUUAUUAUUUUCAAUUUUUCAUUUAUUUGGCCAACAGCUAAUCAGGAGGGGAGACCACAGUUCCAGGUUUGAAUAUAGUUUCCUAAAACCUCCCACUGAUCCUCUUCACCCUCAUGUCCUGUCAUCCUCCAAUCCACUGUCCAUGCAUCUUCUUUAUUAAAAUUGUUUUAAUAUUUGCUUAUGAUUAGACAUUGAAGUUAUCAAUUCCUUGCUCAUUGAGCUUUGUUUCUGUUAUGCCAAUAAAUAAAACUUUUACAAAAAAAA